AAUCUGGACUAUGCCCAAUCGUCAUUCUUAACAUGUGAUAGUGGUAAUAACUACUUAAUGGUUUGCCUUUUUAACACGAUCUUGUAAAAAUGCAAAAUUUUACUAGAAUUAUACUUAUCGUGAUACUAUGGAACAUAACAGUAACCUUACAACAGGAUGACGGGCCCAGGGUGUUCCAUGUGUCAAUGCCGGAAGCGUGGCACACUGCCUGUGAAGUUUGCAGGGUGACGAAGAGCCUUCUGUUACCCGAACUCUCCGACCGACCACUGUUUCAAGACCAGUUGAAGGAGACUAUGCAACCCGGCGACUUUGUGUGGAUCAACGCCAAGCAGCUAACCUUUGUCUUUACAUAUAGACGAAAGUACCUGCGGCUUGCGUACGCAUAUCAGAAUCUGACCCUUCAGAACUGUCUGUGUUUUGACGGAAAAAUCUAUACUCUGUGUGGGACUGGUGGUGCGCGGAUCAGCUGGCGGGAGGCGGCCGUUACUUGCGGGUCUAUGGGUACCUGGCAGGUCAUACAGCCGUCAAAUGUACAAUCCGCCGUUGGCUUGCUGAAGGAUGAGAUGCCCGUCUGGCUACAGAAGUACAGGAACAAUAUCCUCCCGGAGACUGAAUCCGAGCUGUGUAUGGGACUGGAGAGACAGACGGACGGAUCGUUCGCCGACCGGGUAGACAACUGCUCCAGCAAGCAUUCAUUUUUCUGUGUCAGGGGCCCGGAUGAGUAUUCUCCGACCCUUACCCGUCGGUCGGAACCAGUUUCCGUGGUAACGGGCCAUGGCGACCAUGACAACACGAGCGUCCAUGUAGAUGAACACGGCAGAGAAAGCAAUGCAGACAACCAGGACACUGCUCGUCCCGGUCUGGUAGUUGGUGUGGUUGGCGGGUUGGCGGCGUUGCUGGUGGUGCUCCUUGUGGGGUUCGGCGGCCGCUACGUUCUCCGCCGCUAUCGCCUUAGACAACAGUACAGGAAGAGUCGCCGCAGAUACAACGACAGAAAGACGACGCUCAGUUCUCGGUCGGAAGCUGAGACCCGCCGGGAUAUGAGCCAGCCAUCCGUGCAGCGUUCCGGGUUCACAAAAACCGCCCUCAUCGAGGGAGAAUACGAGAAGAGCUACUCUACCCUACAGAAUGACGUGGUGCGACAGUGUAAAACCCGGAUGAUGAGUGACUUGCGGGGUCGGGAUUCCCAGGCGCCCCUUAAACCCUACCACAGCAUGGACGGGCUCAAUAAGGAGGGAGACGCGCUGCAGGAACUGGACGGGUAUGAGGACUACAACCCUCAAUGUACAGACCUCACCCUUGAGAACGGCCGCCUCCAUGUGGCCGGCUUCCCCGCGCCGGAUCAGGAAAUGUACGAAAACACACGUCCUGUUCAACAGAAGACCGCAAAUAUUGUUAAAAAAGCGAACGGCCGUUCUCAAACAAUUGAAGAUGCCGCGACACCAGCGCUUCCGGGACACAAGAUGAAGGUUCAUGGAGUAAGGAGCCAACGCGGUGACAAUUAUGAUGACCCUAGAGCAAGAGUCGAGACUUACGACAUUCCGCCGAAGAGACAAAAAGGACGAUUCAGACUCCAGAAAAACAGCAAUGAAAAGACCUCUAUCAACAUGAAGGCGGAGCAAACGCAACUGUUAAGGACUAAAGAAAUGGUCAAGGACGUUGCUACCAUCGAUGACCUUGACACGUACGAGAAUUCCAGCACACCCUCUGUCGGGAGAAAAGAGGUCAACUCGAUUGACGACCUGGACUGUUAUGAGAACUAUUUGUUGACCAAAAAAGAAGCCCAGUGACAUUUGCAGACGCUGUGUAUAUACGAGUAUGCAUCGGAUAACGUGUAUAGAUUUUGUGUAAAUAAUUUGUUUUUAAAUAUAUGUUAUAUAUAUAUUAUUAUUUUUAAUAUGCAUUGUUACUACUGGUUUUAACUUUUAACGCAGUUCGAUGUAAUUUUGUUAUUUGUUUGAUAUGGACAUACAGUCGAAACUCGAUGGCUCGAUAUUCUAGGGACCGGCCAAAGUACUUCAAGCCUCGAGAAUAUCGAGCCAAACGGGAUUGCUUACAGAAUGUUAUUUUUGCAUUUGUUAUAUAAAGUCUUAUUUACCUCGUUUGUUAUUGACUACGCUAUCUCCGCAAGAGAAGGAAUAGUAUUUAUUGGGCAUACUUACGCACCCUAAAUUUCGUAAUAUGACUUAUUCGAUUAUUAAAAAAUAUCAUUUUAUUUUUUUAUUCAUAAUAAAAAUACAUUUAUGCGAAAACAAGCAAUGUAAACAGUGGGUAACACAAACAUAGCUUAAAAGUUAUGUCAAAAUGCAUAGUAAUUUAGGGAUGGAUAACAAUUACAGACAGAACUUAAAGUGAUGGCAUGUUUAUUCAAACUGUUAAACGAUUUAAAUUUGAUAAUGAUUAUAUUAUCAGUCAAGCAAUUUUAAUCGAUUAGCGCCUUGUGCUAAAUGAAGCCAAUCAACCAAAUCAAGGUGUGAGAUUCUUAACUGAACCCGCGACAAUGACAUCGACCCAAUCAAACAAAUCAAGGUGUGAGAUUCUUAACUGAACCCGCGAAAAUGACAUCGACCCAAGCAAACAAAUCAAAGUGUGAAAUUCUUGUUUGGGACCGCGAAAACGACUUCGAGCGUGGAGAAAUAUCGACCCUCAAGAUAUCGAGCCAUCCGAUCGAAAUUUAUAUGAACAAAGAGUAAAUAAAAAUCGGUCCUUUUAAUUUGGUUCGAGCCAACGAGGAUAUCGAGCCAUGAGAUAUCGAGCCAACGAGUUUCGACUGUACAUGUAUUAAUAUUUUGUUUCAAAAACGUUUUGAUUAUCAGAUAGUAUAAGAUUGACCACUUUGAAAGGGACCUUCGAUCACAUCAGUCUUGCUUAACUAAUUAUAUGCGACUCGUGUGGAACGCAAAAUCUAAAUUAAUUCAAAUAUUUUAAAAGCUUUUCAACUAAUUAGAGAGCUCCUAGUAAGAGACCCCUUCAACUGAUUUGAAGAUCUCUUUAAUCCAUUUGAAGAAGUCUUAUAUUAUGUGCUACUAUCAUUAU